CUCACCACCCGCCCGCUCGCCACGUCUGCCUCUCGGCCCUUAACUGGAAAUGCCCUUAAGGAGCCAGCACCCCGCCCCACGGUGCCCUCUUCCCCCCAGCGCCGGCACCCCUCCCUGUGCCCCCGCCGCCCCCUGGCCUGCACCAUGACAGGGGCCCUGCUUCCGUCCUGUGGAGGGGUGCGUGGCAGGCGGAGCGGCUCUGGCUGAGGGAUGGCCUCUCUGGACCUGCCUUACCGCUGUCCACGCUGCGGGGAACACAAGCGUUUCCGGAGCCUCUCCUCGCUGCGGGCCCACCUGGAGUACAACCACACCUAUGAGACCCUCUAUAUCCUCUCCAAGACCAACAGCAUCUGCGAUGCCACCAUCUUCCCCUUGGCAUCCGAUGCCACCCUGCUGACCCCGGCCGCCCGCAGGGACAUCUUCGAGAGCACCUCCUUCCAGAGCAAGGAGCAGCGCUUUGCCUGCGACCUCAUCUCGGCCGACGAGCUGGAGCCUGUCUCCUCCUCUGCGUCCCGCUACGUGCACGAGAUCGAGAUCCCGCUGACCGAGAUCUUCACCCGCAAGGCCAUGAGCUCGGCCACCACCCCUCCUGCUGCUGCCGCCGCCGCCGCUGCCGCCGCGGUGGACGCCGCCUAUGAGGAAGGCCUGACCCGCUUGAAGAUCCGGGCCUUCGAGAAGCUGGAGGUGGACAAGCGGCUGGAGAAGCUGACGGAAGAGGUGGAGCAGAAGAUCGCCUCGCAGGUGGGCCGGCUGCAGGUGGAGCUGGACCGGAAGAGCUCGGAGCUGGAGAAGGCCAAGCAGGAGAGCGUGAGGCUGAGCCGGGAGAAGCAGGAGCUGGAGGACCGGGCGACAGAGCUCUCCCGCCAGGUCGACGUCAGCGUGGAGAUGCUGGCUUCCCUCAAGCAGGACCUGGUGCAGAAGGAGCAGGAGCUGACCCGCAAACAACAGGAGGUCGUCCAGAUAGACCAGUUCCUCAAGGAGACGGCGGCCCGCGAGGCCAACGCCAAGGUGCGGCUGCAGCAGUUCAUCGAGGAGCUCCUGGACCGGGCCGACCGGGCAGAGAAGCAGCUCCAGAUCAUCAGCAGCAGCUGCAGCACCACCCCCAACGGCAGCCUGGGAAGGUGCAGCGUGCCCGGCUCCAAGGGCGCCAGCAGACCGAGGGACAGGCACGCCGGCCCCGGGGCAGCUGUCCACAGCUCCUACGCGGAGUCCAAUCAGAGAUCGUCCUCUAGCACUGGGGCCUCCAGCCGGGUGAAGGCCGUCUCCCAGAGCUCGGGCUGCUAUGAGAGCGAUGGCGCCGAGCUGUACCAGCCGGAGGAGAACACCGACGGGCACCACUACCACGGCGGGCAGAGCCGGGGCGUGGAUGGCGGCUUCGAGCGGCCCGCGGCGGCCCGCAGCUCGGGGCUCCGGAGGCAGGCCAUCCAGAACUGGCACCGCAGGCCGUACCGCAACAGCACCGAGGGGGAGGAGGGGGACAUCUCGGAUGUGGGCUCCAGGACGACCGAGUCGGAGGCCGAGGUGUGGGAACAGGACCCCCGCAUCCCACCGGAGGCGAACCUGGCGAGGCCCCUCAAUAGCUGCAGGCUCAUGGCCAGGUCUGAGGGGGGCGGCGGGAAGGUCGUCCGGCCCGAGAGAGGCAGCCCGUCCCGCUCCAACGAGGUGAUCAGCCCAGAGAUUCUCAAGAUGCGAGCUGCUCUCUUCUGCAUCUUCACCUACCUCGACACCAAGACCCUGCUGAAGGCUGCCGAGGUUUGCAAGGACUGGAAAUUCGUGGCGCGCCACCCUGCCGUGUGGACCCGGGUGCUGCUGGAGAACGCCAGGGUGUCGUCGAAGUUCCUGGGCAUGCUGUCGCAAUGGUGCACCCAGACGCACUCCCUCACGCUGCAGAACCUCAAGCCACGGCUGAGAGGGAAGAAGGAGAGCAAGGAGGAGUAUAUGAAAAGCACCCGGGGCUGCCUCGAAGCCGGGCUGGAGUCCUUGCUGAAGGCCACGGGCGGGAACUUGCUCAUCCUGCGGAUUUCGCACUGCCCCAACAUCCUGACAGAUCGCUCCCUCUGGCUGGCCAGCUGCUACUGCCGGGCGCUUCAAGCCGUCACCUAUCGGAGCUGUACAGACCCUGUGGGCCAUGAAGUCAUCUGGGCAUUGGGAGCAGGCUGCAGGGACAUCAUCUCGCUACAGGUGGCCCCGCUGCACCCUUGCCAGCAGCCGACACGUUUCAGCAACCGCUGCCUUCAGAUGAUCGGCCGAUGCUGGCCGCAUUUAAGAGCACUGGGCGUCGGCGGCGCUGGCUGCGGAAUCCAGGGACUGGCUUCUUUAGCUCGGAAUUGCAUGCGGCUGCAGGUGCUGGAACUCGACCACGUGACGGAAAUUAACCAGGAGGUGGCGGCGGAGGUGUGUCGGGAGGGCCUGAAAGGCCUGGAGAUGCUGGUGCUGACCUCGACGCCUGUCACCCCCAAAGCCCUGCUGCACUUCAACAGUGUCUGCCGGAACCUCAAGUCCAUUGUGGUGCAGGUGGGCAUUGUGGACUACUUCAAGGAGCCGAACAGCCCCGAAGCCAGGAAGAUGUUUGAGGAGAUGGUGAACAAACUCCAGGCCCUGAGGAAAAGACCCGGCUUCUCAAAGAUUUUACACAUUAAGGUGGAAGGAGGCUGUUAGCCCUGCAGGGAACAACACGUGUCCUCCUCCGUCCACCUGAGCAACAGAGACAGUGAAA